UCUCUAUGUUUCUUUCAAUUCCUUUCAUGGCCCUAUUCCUACAUCCAUAGGAAACUUAUCAUCCUUGAGGCAUUUGAGUCUUUUAGAAAAUCCGUUGAUUAAUGGCACUCUUCCAAUGAGUCUGGGGCUUCUAUCCAAUUUGGAGCAUUUAGAUGCAAGAGGGACUUCCUUAACAGGGACCAUAUCAGAAGUGCAUUUUACAGCACUCUCAAAAUUGAAGGACUUAGGGAUAUCUGGAACAUCUUUAUCUUUCCAUGUGAACUCCAGUUGGACUCCUCCAUUCCAACUAGAGGAUCUGGAGGCGGAUUCCUGUAAAAUGGGUCCAAAAUUUCCUGCAUGGCUGCAGACACAAAAGUCUCUUGUCUAUCUAGGCUUUUCCAGGUCUGGAAUUGUGGACACAGCUGCAAACUGGUUCUGGAAGUUCGCUUCAUACAUCAAAGAGAUCUAUCUCUCCAACAACCAGAUAUCUGGAGACUUAUCCCAAGUUGUACUAAAUAAUACUAUCAUUGAUUUGAGUUCUAAUUGCUUCUCAGGUCGGUUGCCACGUCUGUCUCCGAAUGUUGUUGAGUUGAAUGGAAGAUUUCCCCUUUCAUGUGCCAAAAGAUGAAUGGAAGAAGUAAAUUGGAGGUCCUUGACGUAUCAAUUAAUGCUUUAUCAGGGGAACUUUCUGAUUGUUGGAUGCAUUGGCCGUCUCUUACUCAUGUAAGCCUGGGAAGCAACAAUCUAUCUGGUAAAAUUCCUAAUUCCACGGGUUCUUUGGUCGGACUUAAAGCAUUGAGCUUGCAAAACAAUUCGUUCUAUGGAGAAAUACCCUCAUCACUAGAGAAUUGCAAGGUUUUGGGGCUGAUAAAUCUAAGUGACAAUAAAUUUUCGGGGAUUAUACCCAGGUGGAUUUUUGAGAGGACAACUCUAAUUAUUAUCCACUUAAGAUCCAAUAAAUUCAUGGGCAAAAUUUCUCCACAAAUAUGCCAGCUUUCUUCUCUUAUAGUGUUGGAUCUUGCUGAUAAUAGUCUGUCAGGAUCAAUACCCAAGUGCUUGAAUAAUAUCAGUGCGAUGACUGCAAGACCUAUCCGGGGUAUUUGGUAUGAUGCUUUGGAAGCAGAUUAUGAUUAUGAAUCUUACAUGGAAAGUCUUGUUUUAGAUAUAAAGGGGAGGGCAGCAGAGUACGAAGGGAUUCUUCGAUAUGUAAGGAUGAUUGACCUUUCAAGUAACAAUUUAUCUGGAUCAAUCCCAAUUGAAAUCUCAAGUCUUUUUGGACUGCAAUUUCUAAACUUAUCUCGAAAUCAUUUAAUGGGGAGGAUACCAGAGAAAAUUGGGGUGAUGGCAUCAUUAGAAUCUCUAGAUCUCUCGAGAAAUCAUCUUUCAGGCGAAAUUCCUCAGAGCAUGAGCAAUUUAACAUUUCUUGAUCACCUGGACCUAUCAUUCAACAACUUUUCUGGGAGAAUUCCUUCAAGCACCCAGCUUCAAAGCUUGGAUCCACUUUCUUUCUUUGGCAAUCCUGAACUGUGUGGAGCCCCUCUUACCAAAAACUGCACAAAAGAUGAAGAGACUCUAGGUCCCACUGCUGUAGAAGAAAACAGAGAAAUUCCAGAAAUCUCAUGGUUUUACAUCGGCAUGGGAUCAGGAUUCAUUGUGGGGUUUUGGGGAGUUUGUGGAGCUCUCUUUUUCAAGAGAGCAUGGAGGCAUGCUUAUUUCCAGUUUCUUUACGACAUGAGAGACCGGGCCUAUGUGGGUAUAGCAAUAAAAUUGAAGUGGUUCCACCAAAAGCUGAGAAGAUACCAUGCUGGAUGAUCUCCAAGGGAGUGUAUCAUACUCGCAUGUUUCAACAACUUCAGUGGCAUGGCCAAAGAGCACUAUAUAUUCGAAGUGAUAGUAUUAAUUUCGCAUUGCAGUAAUUAUCUUUUGUGUUGAAGUUUCUAUAUAUGUUAUUGCCGUUGUGUUAUGAUAUUAAUUAAUAAUCUCUUUUAGUUUCUAUAUAUGUUAUUGCUGUUAUGUUAUGAUAUUAAUUAAUAAUCUCUUUUAGGCACUGUUGCCAUGAAAAUGAAUUGAGUGUUGAUGCA